AGUUAACCGCAGUGUCAAUUGAUUUCGUGACGAGUCUCGGAUUUUAAAUUAGAAAUAAUUUUAGCAGGCAAUAUCCCCGAUCGUCCCACACAGCGCAAGACGACGGAAUAAUCUGCUGAAAGGGAGGAAUUGCACUUGUAAAGCUUUACACAAAAGCAGAAACAAUAAAGAUACCCGAGGCAACAGAAGAGAAAAUAUAAAAAAUAUGCUUUUUAUAGACUUCGCGCGUAAAGGUUUUGAUUAGACACUUAAUAGAAAUAAAAAUAGUGUUAAAAAUCAUGACGGAAAAGUUGCAUGAGUACCAGGGUCUGGUAGGGCGCUUUCACCAGGUUCGGGAUGAUAUUAAAGAAAAGUUCAUUGCUUGGAAAGAGAAUAGAAAAGCUCCUCAUCAACAAAAGGAAGAGACAGAUGAUUUAGAUGAUUAUUCUCAUAUAUUCAGAAAGAAAUCUCGAAAAGAACUCAUAAGAACCUCUGCUGCCGUGAUGGGCAUAGAAUUUUCCUACGCAGCAGAGACAGCCUUUGUUUCACCAACACUUCUCAAAAUUGGUGUACAACACGAACACAUGACACUAGUUUGGGCAGUUUCACCAUUAAUUGGCUUUUUCCUAACACCUAUUUUAGGUUCCCUAAGUGAUGGCUGUCGAUUAGAAAUAGGCAGAAGAAGACCCUUUAUAAUAUGCCUCUCUAUUGGUGUUCUUUUAGGUCUAUUUUUGGUUCCAAAUGGUGAAGCUUUUGGAUACUUGUUAGGAGAUGAGGAUCAUACUAAAAAAACUUCAGAAGACAACAGUACUAGCUCAGAAAUUCAUACAUCGCAUCCAUGGGGAGUGUUUUUUACAGUUUUAGGUACGGCGCUGCUAGAUUUUGAUGCUGAUGCUUGCCAGAGCCCUGCCCGAGCCUAUCUCUUGGAUGUCACAAUUCCAGAAGACCAUGCUCGUGGUUUGAGUACUUUUACCAUAAUGGCCGGUCUUGGUGGAUUUCUUGGUUAUGCCCUUGGCGGCAUAAAUUGGGACGCUACAGCUAUAGGAGAGAUGUUAGGUGGCCACGUCAGGGCAGUGUUCACAUUAAUAACCAUAAUCUUCGUGAUCUGCGUAUCAUACACUGUCACCAGCUUUAAAGAAAUGCCGUUAGAUCUUCUACAACACCAUCACACAAGCUUAAACAUGGGAGGUUUCCGGAACGAGAGUUUUGAAAGUGAACACGACGAUCUGGGGUACUCCAACGAAAAAACUUACGGCACACUGAACGAUGAUGAAAUGAAAGAGAGACACAACAAGCAACCCAGAAUGAGCUUGGCACCAAAUCCAAACGCUUCCUUGAGACACUACUUGAAGAGUAUCAUCUACAUGCCAAGAUCGAUCAGAAUGUUGUGCUUGACCAAUCUUGUUUGUUGGAUGGCUCACGUGUGUUAUUCGCUGUACUUCACCGAUUUUGUAGGAGAGGCAGUGUUUGAUGGGGAUCCACUAGCUCCAGAAUUUACCGAAUCCAGAGAGAGAUAUGAAGCAGGCGUCAGAUUUGGCUGUUGGGGAAUGUCAAUGUAUUCACUUUCGUGUGCCUGUUACUCCACCAUCAUCGAAAGACUGAUAUCCCGAUUUGGAGCUAAAAGAGUUUAUAUAGGUGGAUUAUUGACUUAUUCAGGAGGAAUGUUCCUUAUGGCACUUACAAAGAAUAAAUUUGGAGUUAUUUUAUUUAGUUGGACGGCUGGAGUAAUGUACUCAACUUUAUUUACCAUGCCGUACUUGUUAGUAGCACAUUACCAUGCCAGAUCAACGUUUGACACCAUGGAUAGAGAAGGCGAUAACAACCCCCCACCACAAAUCAGAGGCCUAGGCACCGACGUAGGUCUAGUCUCCAGCAUGGUAUUCCUGGCCCAAUUUAUUUUAUCACUCUGUAUGGGUACCAUUGUUACUGUUUCCGGUACCACCACUGCCGUAGUGAGUGUAGCAUCGGUUUUAGCCUUUUGCGGAGCAGGCGCCGCAACUCAAAUCAUGUAUUUGGAUUUGUAGAUUUUAUUGAUUUGAAUAAAU